CGUGAUAGAUUUUGUUUCCAAAUUCCAAUAAUUAUUGUAUUUUAUUGAUAUUUAUCGUUAUACAUAAACUAAUCACUUUAUAAUGAUGCAUUUGUAAAUAAUAAAUAAACAAAAAGCUUAUCGUUAAAUUUAAUGGCGCAGGCCCAGCAUUAUGGAGUCAAGCUUGACAUACUUUAGUUUGUCUUUUGUAGAUGCUGAAUUGCCUGAUCCACUGCAGAAGAAACCGCAGGAUUGCGAUUAUGAUCUUCACAACUCCCUUUCAUCCCAAGGCAAUCUUUUGGGAGGUGAUGAUGUCCUAGCCCAGUUUUUGACUGCCGAUGGACCUUUAGAGGAGCCAGAUUUGAACGGUCCAACUACUUUGCACUGUGAAAUAUGUAGCAAGAAGUUUGACAAUGCAAAGAAGUACUAUGGCCACCUGCGAAUUCACUCCAAACAGAAUGUUUGGAUCUGUGACAAGUGCCCAAAUGAAAGGUUUCCGAAUAAGCAGGACUUGAUGAAACACAGCUUGACUCACAAGCCCCUGGCUAAGGUGUGGAAGUGUCCCCAGUGCACAUUGGCUUUUGAAGCACUCUGGAGGCUCCAACAACAUUUAUUUGCCAAACACUUGAACAACAGACCUCAUAAAUGUGAGCAAUGUGAUAAAGCAUUUCAAAAACCAUCAGACUUAAAGAAACACCUGGAUGUUCACAAUGAUAUUAAGAAAUACAGCUGCACUCUUUGCAAGAAAAAAUUUUCAGAUCGAUCAAACUUAAAAAGACACACAAUGACACAUACCAGUGAAAAACCUUUCAAAUGCCAAGGAUGUAGGAUCUCUUUCAAGCAGCUAGCUUCACUGAAUCGCCAUCAAAAGAACUGUGCGAUGUAUAAUCAAUCUGCUGUCAAUCAAGAGAAAGGAGUCAAGAAGAAUCACUGCCGAGUGUGUGGAGCUACAUUUCAGUACAAGAGUGCCCUGUUAGAACAUUGUGUGAGGGCACACGUAAAUAAUAAUGCUGAACCAGAAAAGGAUAAUAAAGUGCACGAAACUAACAUAGAUACAAAUAAAACAGUAGAUAAUAUUGUGGAUGAUAUUCUGUCAGCUGAAGAUGAUUACUGCAUCACAGCACCAUCUCAAAACACUAUGUUGAAUAGUUACAACUACACCAACCACGACGACAAUCUCAAUCAAAUCGAAUUUUUAAAGGAAAUAAACACUCUACACAUAUUAGAUGAUGAAUUACUCUGUAACGAUUUAGACUUGGAUACUCUUCAGAAUAACCACUUCUUCAACAUGAACGAUGAUUAUAUCGAUAAACAAUUCCUAUUGGACUUCAACGAUGGCGAUCGAAGUGUUGAUCAAGAUCUAAUGAACGCUCUAUAUCAGGUGAAGUUGGAACAUCUGCCGGAAGAAUUCUUGAAUAUCCCCGAGCCGAGCCAGAAUGUUCCGAGCACCGAAAAACCCCCCGAUAUCGAAGCAGUCUCUGUGAACGAUUGUUCUACUAUAUUCGAAAGUGACGUUGACUUAGAAGCCAGUACCAAUUUAGCGGCUAACCUAAAUCAGCUUAUAGGAGAAAAUAAUGUUCAAUAUAUAUCUACAGAGGAUGACGACAUGUUUAUAAUUAGUUUGAAUAGCGAAAUAGAUGCUGAGCAACUUACUGAUAUGUUGAAUAUUGGAGUCGCAGACACAAAUACAAAAACAAUAAGUGAUCAAGAUAAUGAUAAUGAUUAUGAUAAUCAUGUUUUGGACGAGAGACAUAAGAAAAUACUAGACAACAUCCAACCAAUAGUUAUGAAAAUGAAUGAACCAACUAAAAAUAAUGCUGAUGAACUUACAAAUGCUAAAAAUGAAGCGGACACUAAAACAAAACCUAAAGUUAAUAAACCAAAAAUCUUCACCUGCAGCAAAUGUAGAAAAGUGUUCAAGAAGAAAGACAAUUAUAAAUCACAUCUUGCGACUCACGAGCCGUCUCUGCGUCGUCACUGGUGUAGUAUCUGCGGCGCGCGUUUCGGGUACCGUUCCACUCUCAACAAGCACCGCGUCGCCGCGCACGAGCCGCGCGUCCGCACGCCGCACCGCUGCGAUUUGUGCGACAGGGUCUACCGCGCUGCUUGGAUGCUAAAGAACCACAUAGAGCGCGAGCACGUGGGCCUCAAGCCGCACGCGUGUGAGCACGCCGGCUGCGGCAAGCGCUUCUACAAGAAAUGCGAUCUCACGAUACAUCAGAGAUACCACACCGGCGAGCGGCCGUUUGUGUGCGAUGUGUGCGGGCGCGGCUUCCCGCACGUCUCGCACCUCAUCCGACACACCUCUUACGUCGACUGCACGCGACGGAAGGCGAAAAAACCUGAGAAGUGAAACUAAAUUA